GAAGACAGGCUCAGCGCCAGGUAGAUGUUCUUACCCUCCUCACACACACACACACGCACACACACGCACACACCUGAAGACAGACAGCAUGUGAACAGCUCCCUCCUCUUCUCUCCUCGGGACUUUUUACAUCAUCUUCUUUGUGUCGCUGCGCAGAGUGGAUUUGUGUUGCCCAGAUGUUACCACUUUAACCUCCUCCGUCUCGUCUGGGAGUAUCAAAGAUGAUGGAAAUCUGUUGUUGUUAUUGCCUCUGCCUAUUGGUACCUAAGAAGAGGAGGAUGGAGUUGGACAGUUUGGACGUACAUCCAGUGAUAUGAAGACAGCCUGCAAACCAGAAUCUAGUCUGACUCCGGUUCAGCGUGCUCUGCUGUCUGCAAAGCAGUAUGAACUGCAGUGGCUCCUUCACACUGCCUGAAUGCCUUGAAUCCUGUCCAACACUUAACUGAAGUCAGGUUAAUGAAGAAGAUGCUGAGGAAGAUGGUGACCAUGAGGAGGAUCCUCCAUGUGAAGGCAGAUGUGAUGUGCACGAUGCUGCUGCUGGUGCUGUUCUGUGUGCUGCUCUAUGCCCGGCAGGCCGUGCUCUCCUCUGAGUGGGACAGGCCUUUGCUGAAGCUGGAAAUCCACGGAUCUACCAGCCCCAGCAGGACCUUGCUGGGCGCCAGUGGGGCCAAAGUCGGCCAGGAGUCUCAAGGGCAGAUCCCCUCCAACCCUUCACAGACACAGCUGCCUCCCUGCAAACCCCAGUCCAAAUCCAAAUUUCUGCAGCUCAAGCAAAAACCUCAGGUCAAAUCUAAGGGGAAAUCCAAGGCGCAACGGAAAAAUGCUGUGCCGACUAAGACAGCAGCCAAGCCCCUGCCCACGAUGCCUCCAUUUGACUUUGAGGGCUAUCUGAGAAAAAAGGACAACAGAAACUUUAAACUGCUCAUAGACCAGCCUGAUAAAUGUCAAGUUGGGGGAGCAGAGGAAGAACAAGAAGGAAGUGAAGGGUCGUCUGCUGCUCUCUACAUGCUGAUUGCAGUGAAAUCUAUCCCUGCAGAUUUUGAAAAACGUCAGGUUGUACGUCGGACCUGGGGUAAAGAGGGACUUUUCAAAAAUGGUGUUUCCAUCCGCACUCUUUUCCUCCUCGGGGUUCCCAGGAAUCGGACAGCUUUGCCUCUGUGGGAUCGGCUUUUGACCUACGAGAGUCAAACCUUUAAGGACAUCCUGCUGUGGGACUUUGACGACACCUUCUUCAACCUGACGCUGAAGGAAACACAUUUCCUUGAAUGGGUUAACAACAGCUGCCCUCAUGUCAAAUUCAUCUUCAAGGGCGAUGCUGAUGUGUAUGUUAACGUGGAGAAUAUACUAGAGAUGCUCCAAGGUCAAAAGCCAGACACAGAUCUGUUUGUGGGUGAUAUUAUUAUCCAUGCUAAACCCAUUCGCCGGCGCAGUUCCAAAUACUAUGUGCCAGAGUUUGUUUACGGAGGGGGCUUGUACCCAAAUUACGCUGGUGGAGGGGGUUUUGUCAUGUCAGGACAUACGGCUCGGAGACUUAGCUCUGCUUGUCAACAGGUGGAAUUGUUCCCCAUUGAUGAUGUCUUUCUGGGAAUGUGCCUCCAGCUGAUCGGUGUCAAACCAUCGCGUCACCAGGGCUUCCGUACCUUCGGGAUUCCCCGUCCGUCUGCAGCGCCCCACCUUCAAACAUUUGACCCGUGUUUUUACAGGGAACUCAUGGUUGUUCACAGCCUCAGUGUUCCUCAGAUCUGGCUCAUGUGGAACCUCCUGCACGACCCCGAGCUGAGCUGCCACAACAGGACCAGCCCGACAUCCUGGCCAUUUAGGUGGAAGGACAAGAUGGUAGAAACUGAAGGAAAAGAGACGGACUACGGUGAGAAACAGGUGUUUGUCACGCAUUAGAAGGGGCAAGGACGAGGACAAAAUGCUUCAAAAAGCAGGAUCUGUGAAAACUUGAAAGCCUUUUUAUGUGUUCAGAAGCACAGUUGAGUCAUAUGAUCCAAGCUGACAGACCAUGUUUGGAGAAAUGAAUUGGCAAAGGGCUAAUGUUCUUCAGACUUUCAGCCAGAGAGCCCAGAGAGAAUCAGGCAUUAUGAGAUCCAAGCCCAUCUGAACAGAUAGACAGCAAGAACUUGAUCCACCAAAAAGAUUGUGAGAAGACUUUUGAAUGUGCAAUCCGAAUGUUUUGGGUUUUAAUUGUUUACACAGAGACACAAUUUGAUCCACAUAAAAAAACACGUGGUUAUUAUCGGGUUUAAACCCAUGCAAGCAAAGAGUCAGGACUGGAGAUGGCUGUGUGUGCUGGGGGAGAGUAAAGACUUUGUGUUUUCACAGUGAAUCGUGAGCAGAGGUGUUCCCUCUCCCUUAAUGGAGGCACAAAUGGGCAGUCGCACUAUCUGUUCCCUGGAGGAACAACAAAUGGAGCCUAAAUGGAACCAGCUGCACAUUGGGAAAACACACACACACAGAGAGAGACACACGAUACAAUCUCUACUGAAUGUUUGGGAAUAAGCCUGAUAUUUGAAGAAUCAGACAUGCAUACUUUUAUGUGAACAGUAUUGUUAGUAUUAUCAAUAUAAUAAUUUGAUUUGUAUAACUGUGUUUUUCAUUAAAACUCUUUACCUUUA